AUGUCGAUUUCCGAUCUAUGCCGAACUUAUCAAUCAGCAAGAUCGAGUGGUAGUUGGGACAAUUGGAAAAAGGAUGUUUAUCAAAUCGCCACGGAACUCGAACGAGAGAAUCAUCCGAAUUGCAAAGAAUUUCAUACAGUUGCAAUUGCAUUGAUGAUGAACGACAUACCUGGAUACUGGGCAUGGUUAAAUAAAGCAAUAGUCGUGCUUGUAGCCGAUUCGAAAGCGCAGUUAGACCUUCUUCCUGAUCUUCCUAAUUACGAUGAGAUGAACAAUAAAGAUUUAGUAGAUAAAUAUGAGAUGAAUGACACGAAUUAUCCUUGA